CUAACCUUGGCUCGACGUCAGAGCCUGUGCAGCAGUGCAGUAUAAUGGGAGCGCAAGCAACCCAGAGCGCUUCAUAGCGGGCUGUAUAUCGCUGCUGUAUCCUAUGCGUGGUGCUCUGUAGCCCCUCUCCAACCCUCUCCAGUACCUACAGCCCAUGCUUGGGCUCCCCCCUCCCCACUGGAUCCGUACCCCUCGACAUGGAUGUCCCGCUGUCCCUCGACCCGAAGGAUUGUUGCUUCUUGGCGCAGUGAAGGAGGAGAAGGGGAAGGGGAAUGAAUCAUGCCGGGACUGCUAAUGGAUUUAGGGAAAGCGCGAGUGACCAUGCCGUGAUCUUGCGCAUCCAGGGCCGCCGUCACCCUGCCUUGCCCAACGAGCGUAAAAUAAUUACGGGAGAAUCAAACCCGCGCACCGGGGGGAUUAAACCACUGUGCAUUUUUUAAAAACAACAUGAAGAUUACCUCCCAUCAUCUGAUGAUAAGCAGUCUCGUUUUCAGGUCCAACCUCAGGCUGAUCCCGCUUCUGCUGCUGUUUCUUGGUCACUCUCGCGGGAUGCCACACGUUUUAAGAUUUGGAGGAAUAUUUGAAUCCAUUGAGAGUGGCCCUUCCGGAGCAGAGGAACUAGCCUUUAAAUUUGCCUUGAACACAAUCAACAGGAACCGCACCUUGCUCCAAAACACCACGCUGACCUAUGACAUCCAGAGGAUAAACAUCUUCGACAGCUUUGAAGCCUCCAGGAAAGCAUGUGAUCAGCUUUCCCUCGGGGUGGCGGCCAUUUUUGGCCCCUCACACAGCUCAUCGGCCAAUGCAGUCCAAUCGAUCUGUAACGCUUUGGGAGUGCCCCACGUCCAGACCAAAUGGAAGCAUCAAGUGUCCGACAACAGGGACUCGUACUUUGUCAGCCUGUAUCCCGACUUCUCCUCCCUCAGUAGAGCCAUCCUCGACCUGGUGCACUUCUUCAAGUGGAGAACAGUCACUGUGGUGUAUGACGACAGCACAGGUACAGGUCUGAUUCGACUGCAGGAGCUGAUCAAGGCACCGUCGCGAUACAAUAUUCGUUUGAAGAUUCGACAGCUGCCCACGGAGACCAAGGAUGCCAAGCCACUUCUGAAGGAGAUGAAGAAGGCAAAAGAGUUCCAUGUCAUCUUUGAUUGUGGACAUGAGAUGGCUGCCUGGAUCCUUAAACAGGCCCUGGCCAUGGGUAUGAUGACAGAGUACUACCAUUAUAUUUUUACUACCCUGGACCUUUUUGCCCUCGACAUGGAGCCGUAUCGUUACAGUGGAGUCAACAUGACUGGGUUUCGCAUCCUCAACACAGAAAACUCUCAAGUGUCGUCAAUCAUUGAGAAGUGGUCAAUGGAGCGGCUACAAGCCCCACCCAAACCGGACUCGGGCCUGCUGGAUGGAUUCAUGACGACGGAUGCGGCGCUGAUGUACGACGCUGUGCAUGUGGUGGCGGUUGCGGUGCAGCAAUCGCAGCAGAUCACGGUCAGCUCUCUGCAGUGUAAUCGCCACAAGCCGUGGCGCUUCGGGGGACGUUUCAUCAGCCUGAUCAAAGAGGCUCACUGGGAUGGUUUGACAGGACGUGUUCUCUUCAACAAGACCAAUGGACUGAGGACAGACUUUGACCUGGAUGUCAUCAGUCUGAAGGAGGAUGGGCUGGAUAAGAUUGGAACAUGGGAUCCUCCCAGCGGUCUCAAUAUGACAGAGUCUCACAGAAGCAAGACAUCCAACAUCACAGAUUCUCUGGCCAACAAAUCCCUGCGUGUAUCCACCAUACUGGAGGAGCCAUAUGUGAUGUUUAAGAAGUCAGACAAGCCUCUGUAUGGAAACGACCGUUUUGAGGGCUACUGUAUCGACCUGCUGAGGGAGCUCUCUGGCAUCCUUGGCUUCCACUAUGAGGUGCGAUUGGUGGAAGAUGGGAAGUAUGGAGCGCUGGAUGAGUCCACGGGCCAAUGGAACGGCAUGGUGCGGGAGCUAAUGGACCAUAAAGCAGACCUGGCAGUGUCUCCUCUGGCCAUCACCUACGUCAGGGAGAAGGUCAUCGACUUCUCAAAGCCCUACAUGACGCUGGGGAUAAGUAUCCUGUACCGCAAGCCCAACGGAACCAACCCUGGGGUCUUCUCCUUUCUCAACCCCCUCUCACCCGAUAUCUGGAUGUAUAUUCUGCUGGCUUGCUUGGGUGUCAGUUGUGUGCUGUUUGUCAUAGCCAGGUUUAGCCCUUACGAGUGGUACAACCCGCAUCCAUGCAACCCAGACUCGGAUGUAGUGGAAAACAAUUUUACGCUGCUCAAUAGUUUCUGGUUUGGAGUUGGGGCUCUCAUGCAGCAAGGAUCAGAGCUCAUGCCCAAGGCCUUGUCGACACGAAUAGUGGGAGGCAUCUGGUGGUUCUUCACCCUCAUCAUUAUUUCCUCAUAUACGGCCAACUUGGCUGCCUUCCUCACUGUGGAGAGGAUGGAGUCGCCCAUCGACUCAGCCGACGACCUGGCCAAGCAAACUAAAAUCCUGUAUGGGGUGGUGGAGGACGGUGCAACCAUGACUUUUUUCAAGAAAACCAAAAUCUCCACCUACGACAAGAUGUGGGAAUUCAUGAACAGCAGGAGGCAAUCUGUAAUGGUCAAGAACGUGGAUGAGGGCAUCCAGCGCGCCUUGACCUCAGACUACGCCUUCCUCAUGGAGUCCACCACCAUCGAGUUUGUCACCCAGCGCAACUGCAACCUCACACAGGUUGGAGGCCUCAUAGACUCCAGAGCCUACGGAGUGGGAACACCUAUGGGAUCUCCGUACAGAGACAAGAUCACGAUAGCCAUUCUGCAGCUCCAGGAGGAAGGGAAGCUGCACAUGAUGAAGGAGAAGUGGUGGAGAGGAAACGGCUGUCCUGAGGAGGAGAGCAAAGAGGCCAGCGCUCUGGGGGUGCAGAACAUCGGCGGGAUCUUCAUCGUGCUGGCUGCAGGACUGGUGCUGUCAGUGUUUGUGGCAGUAGGGGAGGUGAUUUACAAGUCUAACCAGAACGCCCAGCUGGAAAAGCGAUCUUUCUGCAGCGCCAUGAUGGAUGAGCUGCGUGUGUCUCUGAAGUGCCAACGUCGUCUCAAACAGAAGCCUCAGCCGCCCGUCAUUGUUAAGACAGAGGAGGUCAUUAACAUGCACACAUUCAACGACCGCAGACUCCCAGGAAAGGAAACCAUGGCAUGAACGUUAAGCUUACCCUGAACACACACCAUGAUUAAAAACCAUGGAGGGGAGACGGGGUCAAAUUAACACUGACUUAACCGCAAACUGAGGUUAGCAGUCAAAACAGGAUUCCUUUUUGAACCCACUUGCUUAUGUAGACAGAUGUUUCCUGUGGAAAUAUAGAUACCUGAGCAGUGUCACCUCACUGUGACGUUCACUUUUUGAAGGGAGCUGGAAAGGAACUUAAAAGUAUGUAAAUUGAAAUGGGAUCAAAGCAGCUUUGGCUCAAAACGUAAGUCUGGUCCACACUAGAAGUGGAUGUAAACAUACACACAUACACGUAACACAUAUAUUCACACACACACACACACACACACACACACACACACACACUCAUCUGACACACUUUACACCUGUGCAGAAGGCAAAACUCUAUUGUGACAGUAACACCAGAUGUAGUUUUUCUGUUGAUGUCAAAGCCCUUCUGUCUUACCUCCAUGUGUGUUUGACCCGAUUGGUUCCUCCCGUCAGUGGCUUGAGUUUCUUUCAAAUGAUUUAAACAAACACUAAUCUCCCACCAACAAAUGGAAUGGUAGUCAGUGCCAAAUGGUUUACUAUGACCUGAUGUAAAAAAAGUGAUAUUUGGUUUGGAAUCAUCUAUGCUGACCUUGUCGAAUACUCAUCGUUUUCUUCUGUAUUGCCUUUCUUGUGCCAAAGUUCUGCCAUCGUGAAGAACUAUCUAUCAUGCCUAAUAUUAUGUUCAAAGCCUCUACAAGCAACGUAUACUGUCAAAGUCCUUAUUCAUGUUCGUCCUUACAUGCGGUCUGCAGUUUUCACUCUGUAUCAGUUGUUGUUUAAAAAUGCAGGAUUUCUACAAAAAUGUUUGUUUUUGUACAAGAACAAGAAGUUUUGUAGUACUUUGUAUCAUGGUAGCCCCUCCUGUGGACAAAAUAUGUAGCAGAUACCAACUCAGCCCUCAAAUUCUGUCAACUGUUGGUUGUGGGGCUUCAAACUCUGCUGUGUAGGGUUCAUUUCUCUCGUCAAUCAGAGAUUCGGUCUUUUGUCUGUCUUUAUCAUGGGGCCAGCUGUACAUACUGUGUGGGGACGACGUGGUGGUUUUUGGUGGGUAAGAACAAUGAAACUGUAAAGUAGUGGUGCUCAAAGUAGGAAAGGUGGUGACUCAUUCUGAAAAUAGGAACUAAGCUUCUGUCAGCAAACCUCUGCGGACAACAAGUGUGGUUAACUAUCUGUAGCUCUGAUGAGUCACUAUAAAAUACAUAGUAAAACAUGCAAAAUGUUGCUUGUGUUAAAACAUAACUGUAGUCACCGAGCUACAAUUUUGUUAGCAGGCUACAUUUCAGCGAUAGUAGAUUGCAAACAAUUCAAAUUUUUUCAUGGGAUCUUUGACAGUAUCAAGUCAUGAGGCAAACUGCUGCACUAGAAGAGGAAAAACAUCACUUGAUUUUUUUUUAAUUAUUCAAACUAGUUGAUUUGAUUGAAGAAAAGGGUUGAAAUAAUCUCGUAGAACAGACAGUUUGUGUUUUGGACAAAAAUACUUUGAAAACUCAAUUUUUUGGCAAAAGACAGAUCUUUGCAAUUGUGACAGGCAGUAAAGAUUAAUAACUGGCUAUAAUCUCAACACAAGGUCCAUUUAGUAGCUGUUCAGGAGCAUUCAGUCAUAUAUAAUUUUCAUCAGCUAAUCAAAUUUGCUCAGUUGCCAUGUAAGCUUCUAAUUAUAUUUCUCAGUUUUUUUUAACCGUCCCAACUAGACAGCUCUUAUCUGAUCGAGCGAUAUAAUUGAAAGCUCUAGAGCAGCUACUAAGUGUUGAACUUGUUUUCUCACCUGAUGUUUCCAUGGACAGGAAUGAAUUUUGAACCUCAGUGACGGGCGACCUGUGAAUGUAUGUAACAGUACAACUGCAGUAAAUGUGAUGUGGAAAUGAUCAGCGGCUUCAAGGCACUUACUGUAUGUCUUUGGCUUGUUGCUUUACUUAUGUUCCCUGAAUGGGUCUUGCAGCAGAUCAUUUAUCCACUAAUUGUCUCCAGAUUCUUUUCAGAAAGUGACACAAUCACAUUUGGCUCCACGACAUAUCUUGUCUGUUAACUCUGUCCCAUGUUGUGAAAUGACGAGCAUGCUUGGUAGAUUACUUCUUCACUGCCCCUGUCUUCUUACACUAUUCAGUUAAUCGUUGGAUCUGUUGUUCCAGGGAUUUUUAGAGACUAAAAACAACACACACACACACACACACACACACACUGCCCAAUGCAAGCGAUGACAUCUCUGUUGUACAUGAAUGGAAUUAGUCAAAUACUUAUUUAAAACAUCUGCAUAUAAAGAUUAUAAAGAUUGACAGGGAAGACAUAAUACCGAAACUCGUUGCCGUUCUACGAGUGUUGCUUGUCAUUUUCCACGCAGCUAGAUCUAGUGGUGCGAGCUGAAGUGAUUGAAAACCUGGAAACAUUUAUUAAAAAAACGCCUUCAAAGGCUUGGCUGUCCUAUCGAAAAAACAAAUAUGAGCUCAUGGAAUUUGACAUUGAUGCAAGGUUUUACAAAUAAUGUCAUUAAAAAUGUCAUAAUUGUAGUUUUGCCUCAUAUUAUUCAUUCAUCUAUUUUAUGUUUUUUGGUAACAAAUGAACUGAAGACAGGAUGCGUUGGUAACUUAUUUUACUGAUGCCAUCAAGCACAAUGACUUGCAAUAUUCUGAAAUGUCAUCCUCUUCUAAUUGAUUGAAGGAGGACAUUAGGUAAUUGCUAAAUUGUUAAUCAAAUCAAGAUUGUAGGCAUGUUGAUCAACUCUUUUUCUGACUGGUCCAUCUGUCCACCUGGCUGUGUAUCAAUCUCUCUGACCAAAGAGUAUUUGAGAUCCCAGAAAUCCAGGUGACUGUGAGUAUAUAGAAUACACAAUGAUACUCGGGAGACUGCACAGCCUGACGAAAAGGUCCCGAGAAUGUUCUACGCCUCCUGUCUUUCUGAUGUUUCAUUGUUUAUUUUUAUUUCCCUCCCACAGGCGGGCCAUCAGACAGUUCUAGGGUUUCUGACAAGGUUUUCUGGGAGUAAUGAUGAAAACUGUUUCUGCAGCCCGAGCUCUCUCCCCACAACAUAAAUGGCCUUCCCUGUCUGCCCUCCAGAUUGACAGAGAAGGUCAGACCAUGCGUCAAUGCGUUCAGCAGGGACCAUUUAGUCUGUCACACUUAUUUCCAUCAUAUUAAGUCCUCUUCCUUCGUUUCCUAAGUGGUCAUUGGAAAGGUAUCCUUGAAUAACAUCUUGUUCAUUAGCAAUUAAUGGCCAAGAUUGCGUUGUGGACUGAGAAUUGCUUUCUGAAUGUGACUUUGGUUUGUCAUACAGAUAUUAGGCUAAAAGCACCUGCCCGAGAAAGAUUCUGUGAAGGAGGAAAUGUAUUCCUCUGCUCAUUUCCCGGUGCUUUAAAUAAUUCAGGGUACCACAUUAAGAAUCAUGUAAAUCCACUUUUUUACCUUUUAUUAGGUACGAUUGAUGCACUUAAAGUCAUCACAGUAGGGGUGGGUGAUUUAAUGAUGACAUAAAUUGCCAGAGAUUUCCAUACUGUUAAUGGCAAUGGUACAAAUUAAUGAAUAGGGCUGAUUUAUGUCAAAGUUUAAUUUUUAUAUAGUUUUUGCACCAAUUCAUGACUUUUUCCAACAUAGUAAACUAUUACAUAUUUUUCGACAACCUAUACUGUGACUUUUUAACAUUUACUAUUACUUUUCUGUGACUUUUUUGACAUAUUAUAUUAUGACUUUUUUUUAUAAUUUUCUUUGACAUACUAAACUACGACUUUUGUCUGAAAAGAUUUAAAUAACAGUCAUAGUAUAGUAUGUUGUGUGACGAUCCCUCCCUUCCACUGGGGGUCUGUGUCCUGUUUCCUGUCUGUUUGUCUUUCAGGAUGUUAAUCGGCCACUGAUGAGCGACACCUGAGCCUGGUUUGGUCCCAGCUAUGAAGGCUGCCCCUCUUCUUUGGCUGGUCCUCACUUCCUCUUUGGCUGCUCUACUCUCCUGGGCUGACACGGCUGCUGCUUCGAUCGAUCGAUCGAUCAGUUUUAGUUUGGUUAUUGGUUUGUUAAAUAAAUGUCUAUUUAUUACUUGUA